AUGCUAAUAGGAAAGGUCCUCAGUUCAAGGUGUAGAACAGAAAGAUCCUUCAACGGAGUUCCAUGGGUCAUGUGCAAGCAGAAGGAUGCUCCUGAUCCAGAAAUUAACACAUGCAAUGGAAGGCACUGUGGAGAUACCUUCACUGGUCCUAAUAAGCCCAACAAGCCUUCUAUUUGGACUGAGAAUUGGACUGCUCAAUACAGAGUUUUCGGAGACCCUCCUUCUCAAAGAGCAGCAGAAGACAUUGCAUACUCGGUUGCCCGGUUUUUCUCCAAGAAUGGAACUUUGAACAACUACUAUAUGUACCAUGGUGGGACUAAUUUUGGUAGAACAAGUGCUGUUUUCACCACAACUAGAUACUAUGAUGAAGCUCCUCUUGAUGAAUAUGGUUUACAAAGGGAGCCUAAGUGGAGUCACCUAAGAGACUUACACAAGGCUUUGAAUCUAUGCAAGAAGGCUUUACUUUGGGGAACUCCUGGAGUCCAAAGGUUGGGCAAGCACACUGAGGUUCGGCUUUAUGAGAAGCAAGGAACAUCCAUCUGUGCUGCUUUUUUAACCAACAACAGCAUCAAAGGGGCACACACUGUGAAAUUUAGGGGUGAUAUCUUUUACCUGCCACCAAGGUCCAUAAGCAUUCUUCCUGAUUGCAAGAAUGUGGUCUACAACACUCAAAUUAUUGUAUCACAACAUAAUGCAAGGAACUAUGUCAGAGUGAAAGAAACCAAAAAUCUUAAAUGGAAGAUGUCUCCAGAGCCCAUUCCAAAUGUCCAUCAAAUGAAUAUCAGUAACAAAAUACCAAAUGAGCUCUAUGGCAUGCUUAAAGAUACCACAGACUAUGGAUGGUACGCCACCAGCAUUGAACUAAGUCGGCAUGACUUGCCAAUGAGGCCUGAUAUUCUACCCGUUAUAAGAGUUGCAAGUCUUGGCCAUGCACUGCAUUCAUUUGUUAAUGGUGAAUAUAUUGGAUCUGCACAUGGGAGUCAUGAAGAGAAGGGAUUUGUUUUCCAAAAAUCCAUAACCUUAAAGCCCGGGACUAACCAUAUAGCAUUGUUGGGCAUGACAGUUGGACUCCCUGAUAGUGGAGCCUACAUGGAGCACAGAUAUGCAGGGCCCCGAGCUGUCACAAUCCUUGGUUUGAACACUGGAACAAUCGAUCUGACACAAAAUGGUUGGAGGCAUCUGGUUGGUCUGACUGGAGAAAUGAAUCAUGUGUUUGCUGACAAAGGAACAAAGAAGGUUGAGUGGACUCAAGUCAAAGAACAAGGACCAGCUCUCACUUGGUACAAGGUCUAUAUUGAGAUGCAUUUCUUUGGCGUAAUACUAGGCAACAUUGACGGUUGAAGUUUUUAGAAUAAAAAAUAUAUUUCACUAACAUUGUAUACAUUUCUUGUUUAAUAUUUGGUGAUAAUAUAAUUUGAUUGUUGUAUAAACUGUCAUGUAAUGUGAUUUUGUAAGCCGAGUAGACUAAUUACUGAAAUGAUAUUUUUGAGUAAUUAAUAAAUUAUUUUGUUG